AUGAUCAUUCCGUUGUUCGUUCGUUACUCGACAUUUUUUUGACAUUUCGCUAUUCCUACUAGUCUUUGUAUUUUGAUUUCAUUAUUUGCUUUCAAUUACUUUAAUUCACAUAUACUAUACCUAUUAAAUAAUUGUCCAUAAAAUGGCACCGGUGGAUCAAGAUGUAGAAAUGAAAAAUGUAGAGAGUCCUGCUGCUAGUAGCGACGUUGAACCAGCCGAGGUGAAGAAGGAUGCUGACGUGAUGAGUGUUCAAGAUUUAAGGGAGCAUGUAAGACAAAUCGAUAAAGCUGUAACAUCAAAGGAACCAAGAUUUGCCAUGAGAGUGUUGAGAUCUCUUCCUAAUACCCGCAGGAAGUUGAAUGGAAAUGUUCUCCGAGCAAUAAUUAAUCAACUUUAUCCAUCAAGCCCUGAAAAAGAGACAAUACUUGCCCUUGUUGAAAAUCCACUGCCUGGCGCUGUCGAAAUAGAAAAUCCUCGAUCCAGAAGUGCACCAAAAACACCUGGUCCCGAAGUUGAUGUGUACUUGCAUCUUUUAGUAUUACUACGCUUGUUGGAUACAAACAGAUUAGAAGAGGCUACUGAAUGUUCUCAACAGCUAAUGAACAAAGUCACUGCACAAAAUAGAAGAACUCUAGAUUUGAUUGCUGCUAAAUGUUACUUCUAUCAUUCUCGAGUGUUUGAAUUGACUAACAAGCUGGAUCUUAUAAGAGGAUUACUACAUGCUCGUCUACGUACAUCAACACUUCGCAAUGACUAUGAAGGACAAGCUGUUCUUAUCAAUUGUCUGUUACGUAACUAUUUACAUUAUUCAUUGUAUGAUCAGGCAGAUAAAUUGGUGAGCAAGUCUGUUUUCCCUGAAAAUGCAAGCAAUAAUGAAUGGGCACGAUUCUUGUAUUACUUGGGCAGAAUUAAAGCAGCUCGACUAGAGUAUAGUGAUGCUCACAAGCAUUUAGUGCAAGCUCUUAGGAAGGCUCCCCAAACAGCAGCAGUUGGCUUCCGUCAAACUGUACAGAAACUAGCUAUUGUUGUGGAGUUACUCUUGGGAGACAUCCCUGAGCGAGCUAUAUUUCGUCAGGCACCUUUGCGAAGAUCUUUGGCUCCUUAUUUCCAACUCACUCAAGCUGUACGUCUUGGAAAUUUGCAGAGAUUUGGUGAAGUUUUAGAGAAUUAUGGUCCACAGUUCCGAACUGAUCAUACUUUUACUUUAAUUCUCCGCCUCAGACAGAAUGUUAUCAAGACAGCAAUCCGUUCUAUAGGAUUGUCAUACUCUCGUAUCUCACCAAAGGACAUAGCUAGAAAACUGGGUUUAGAUUCUGCUGAGGAUGCUGAAUUUAUUGUGGCUAAAGCUAUAAGAGAUGGUGUAAUUGAGGCAACACUUGAUCCAGAGAAGGGAUACAUGAGCAACAAGGAAAGUUCUGAUAUUUAUUGUACUCGGGAGCCACAGCUGGCUUUCCAUCAGCGUAUAUCAUUUUGCCUGGACCUUCAUAACCAGAGUGUCAAAGCUAUGAGGUAUCCACCAAAGUCAUAUGGAAAAGAGUUAGAGAGUGCUGAAGAACGCCGUGAAAGAGAACAACAAGAUCUAGAAUUGGCAAAAGAAAUGGCUGAAGAGGAUGAUGAUGGUUUUCCUUAAAUAUGAUAUUUAUAUUUUAAUAGAAUUUAAUUACUAUAGGGUUUAAAGAUUGAAUACUAAUGAAUCAAUAUACCUAUGCACUUAUUUGAAUGCUAA